UUUAGACCUGACAAUCGUUUAUUAACUAAAUCACAAACUCCCAAGUUUCGCACUCACUGUUUCACAAGCUUUUGCAUAGCAUAACAAGUUAACAUGUCGAAAUUACAAGUUUUUCUAUCUCUCGCUUUAUUAGCUGCCACAGCUAGAGGUCAGGCAACUUUCUGUCACUUCUGUAACACUGAACGAGAUGGACUGCCAUGCGAAGAUCCAAUUGACUCCAGCAGAAUCCAAGUCCAACGGUGUGCUGAUCUAGCGGUAGCAUCAAACUUGGAAUCGUUUCCAGCGCUUGACGGUUCUGCCAAUAAUGCUGCCCAAGUGUGUGUUACCCUAUCGUAUACCUAUUUUGACAGGAACGUAACGAUCAGAGGCUGUGAUGCAGCAGAAACCAUAUUCUACGGAGCUGUCUUCAGUGCUUGUGAUUAUAACAAUGCCCUGUACGAGGGAUAUAUCAUCAAUUUCUCAUGCAUUGCUUGCGAGGGAGAGCUAUGUAACGCUGUAACGCCCGCUGAAAUAGUAGAAGAAGUAGAAGAUGUAGAAGAAGUAGAAGAAGUAGAAGAAGAAGGUGCAGGAGAAGAAAAUGAAGAUGAACAACAGGGCGACGCAGGCGGCAGUGCAGACGUUAUGUCCAUUUCUGCACGUUUUAUUAUUAUUACAGCAUUGGCACUUAUUAUGCUUUGAACCUAAUCUAUGUAAUAAAAAUAUACAUACC